ACAUUGAAAAAAUUCAAAUAAGUAUUCCUGUUUCUAAUAUAAAAUCAAAGCCUUCAAAAAUAGAAAUAACAAACAUUUUUGUAUUAGUAUCCCCAAAGCCGUUUAAAGAAUGGAAUUUGGAAUAAUUAAAUACUAUAAGUUACAAAUAAUAAAUAAUUGAUUAAGCCAUAAAAUCCUUUAUUGAAGAAAAGCAAAAAUAAGAGCAAAAUAAAUAAUCUCUAUAUGGAGAAUCAAUUCAAGAUAAAGGGAAAUUAAGUCGAUUAAUUGCAGUUGUACUUGAUAAUAUCGAAAUUUCGAUAAAAAAUGUACACUUCAGAUUUGAGACCAAUAGUUCCCCUUUUUAUGCUUGGGGAAUCACUAUUGGAUCAAUCGAUAUAGUUACUAUGAGCUAAGAUUGGGCUUAGAAAUAAUUCAUGGACAGAGCUACUUAAGGGAAUAAAAGUGAGUCUAUUAAUAAGAAAUUAUCAUUCACUAAUGUCGGGUUUUAUUGGAAUAAUCAAAAAUAGGCAGAUUUAUUUGGGAAUUUAUCCGCAGAGGUUGUAGUUGAGAAAAUGUAUGAAUAUAUAUUGUAGUAUGCAUAGGUUGAUGACGAAGAUUAUAAUUUUCAUUUCAAAUCAUUAAAAUCACCUUAGUAUAUUAUUUGCUUGAAUGUAGAUGCGCACCUUACUAUGAACUUUAAAACUAUGAAUUGGCAAAUUCCAGAAUUUAGUGUUAUUGUUGACUUUUUAAAUGUUAACAUUAAAAUUAAUAAUAAAUAAUUAAAAGAUAUGCUCAGUAUGGUUAACUUUUUUAAUUACUAUUAAUAUUAAAUGAAAUUGGAAAAAAAUAAAAGAAAAUUGAGAAUUCCGACUCCUGAUCUUUAACUUAUUAAAGGGAUUAGAUGUGAAAUUUAAAGACUUUAGGAUACUAAUUAUUAGUAUAAUAUAGAAAAAAUUGAUUAACUUGAGAAGGAAGUAAAAAAUUUGUGGAAAGAUGUGUGGAUAUUCGCUAUUAACAAAUAACGGUAAAUUCAUAUGGAAAAAAAAUACAAAUAAAUUUUGAUUUAAAUCCUUAAUUCAAAAUAUAAUAAUAUUGAAAAACUUGUUUCGAUAGAAGCUUGUAAUAAAUUAAUUUAUUCGAAAACUUUAAGUGAAAAUGAAGUUAUAAGAUAUUUAAGAAUUAUUAGAAGAAAUGAUUUCGAAGAACUCUUAAGAUGGAGUAAAAUAGCAUAAGAAUAAAUAGAUUAAAAUCGAAUAAAAAGUAAAUCAAAUAAAUAAAAAUGGAGUUUAUUACCCAAGAAAUGGAGUAAAAAAGAUACAGAAUAAAAAUUAGAUAAAAAUUAAACAUUUAUUAAGAAUUAAAUUUAGAAGAAUAUUAAGAUAUAUUAAAAUAGUCAAAUAAUAUAAGGCCAAAAGAAUAUGUAUGGAUGAAAUUAGAAUUUAAAAUUUAUGACUGUUCUAUAAGGUUAUGUGAAUAAAUAAUAAUUGACAUAGACCAAAAACAGGACAAUAAAUAAGGAUAAAAAUUCUCUUAUAAAGAAAAUAAAAAGUAAAUUGAGGAAGGUAUUUUAAUAGAAAUAUAAGAUUUGACAUAUACUCUAUUUAAACGAGAUUAUAAUUUUGAAAUUGAUAUAAAUUUAAAGGAUUUAAACAUGCAAUUAUUCACAUAAUAAAUGGACCAAAAAAAAUAUAAUAUUAGUUCCUAUUUUAAAGAAAGUUUAAUAAAUAGAACGUUAAAAAAAACCUUUGGUGACUUUUCAUUUUGAAAAAAAUCCAAUUAAUAAACCGAAUACAUUUAUGCUAAUGUAAGCGAAACUAUAAUAAUUAAUAUUUACGUAUUAUCCUUAAAAAUUGGCUAGGAUUUAGGGCUGGUUCGAUUAUGAACAAGACGAUGAAACUACAAAGGAUUUAACGAAAUAAAAAUAGGAAAUGAUGGUUAAAGAUAGCAAAAAUAACAAAUAUAAAUAAGUCGAACCGGAAGAAAAGCAAACUAAUUAGUUAAAAAAAGAACAUAAUUUUAUUUUGAAAUCUCCUAUAAUUGUAAUUCCUUUUAAUUAGGAAAACAAUCUCGAAAGUGAGUGUUGGGUCAUUA